GUAAGCGUUACCUCGGUUUAAGCUUAGUAAUUCAUCCCUUAUUCAAAUGAACUUAGAACUGUUGAAGUGUUUUUAAAUGUUUUCGAACUAACGGAUUUCACUGAAUAAAAGUGUUUAAAACGAGUUGGCAUUGAAGUAAUGGCGAAGGUGUGAGACUCGGAAGUAUUUGUGUUGUUAUGCAAAUGAAUGGAUUCAUGUGGGUCCUAUUGUGAUGAUUUCAAUAAAUAAGAAUCAUGAAAGUUAUUAUAAAAAAGUGACCAAUAAUUAGGGCUACGACUAUGUAGUGCAAUUAUGAAAACUGGAAAAAAUCUCCCUCGGAAAGCAUUUCCUGAUGUACUAAAACUUACACAAACUGACGCCAACAAGGCAAUGUUGGUCUUAAGUGUUUACUUGGAAUUUAAUAGCUGGAUUAUCUUGUGGUCUACUAUUUUAAGCCUGACCAAAAUAAAUAAGUUGGAAUUGGGAGUCCUUCGUUUAGAAAAACCCAGAUUACUUAGCUAAAUUGCUACCUCAGACAAAAUAUUAAAUAUUUAGAGGUACAAUACUAGCUACUACAGUGGAAUUUCUAGUUGUCUAUCUACUGAAUGUCAUUUGGCUAACAGCAUAAGAUGAUCUCUUGUCAGCUGAUUUUUGUUUCGUUCGUAUAGCUUCAUCAGUACGAAACUUAAUAUGUGUAGGACCAAGCCCAGUUAUAAAUCUCAUGAGUUUUCAAUUCAGGUUAUGCUUUGUGUCCCCAUUAAUAGCUCAGAUGACAUGGUGCAAGUAACAAAUUAGCAAAGGUCAAAAUUUUUAAGUAAAUCCAUACUCCCCCCCCCCACAUUGUUUUGUUUUAUAAAGAUCUGGUGUAUAGUGAUCUGACCAUAAACCAAACAUAUGGGGUUAAUUUCUUCUCGAAGUCAGCAAGUUGGUCAAGAAAGGGAUGUACCAAGAGAAUGUCCGAUUGGGAAAGGUGAUGGGUGUCCAAUGAACCACGGAUAUAUGGAAAUCAAUCCAGACAAUCGUAUGCCACCUCCUAACCAACUUCCAAGUCCUGGACAACCUUUCCCACUGUCUACUGAACGCGAAAUAUCCUCGAUUCCAAAAGCAGAUGAUCCUGGUGGUGAAAAAUGGGUGUAUCCUUCGCCUCAAAUGUUUUGGAAUGCUAUGCUUCGUAAAGGUUGGCGUUGGCGAGAUGAUGAUAUCAAGCCUGAGGAUAUGGAAAAUAUCAUACGCAUACAUAAUGUAAAUAAUGAAUUAGCUUGGCGUGAGGUUUUAAAAUGGGAAGCUCUACAUGCUAAUGAAUGUAUGACACCGAAAUUGCGUCGUUUUGCGGGGGAUGCAAAAAACUAUUCCCCAAGAGCACGUAUCCGUCAGGUUUUGGGUUAUGAAUUGCCUUUCGAUCGUCACGACUGGGUGGUCGAUCGAUGUGGCAAAGAAGUGCGUUAUAUAAUUGAUUAUUAUGAUGGGGGUUCUGUGGAUGAAGGCUAUCAGUUCGCUAUUAUGGAUGUACGACCUGCAUUAGAUUCAUUCGGUGCAUUUUGGGAUCGUACUCGAGUUGCGUGGAUGCGUUUCAAAACCCCUCAUCCGCCGAAAAUAAUCAGUCCGCAUGAUCCAACAUUUCCGAAAAGGAAGGAAGCACCUUAAUUAUUAAACUCUUGUGUAACUCACUUAAUUCGGUUCCGUUUAUUCGUAUAUCCUACAGAAAUAUAUAGUUUAGUUAUCGUUUGAACUAAGUCGAAAGUACCCUAACUAUUAUUGUAAACACAAUAACUGUGAAUACGAAAUUCACUUGUACAUUACUUGAUGAAAUAUAUCUCUGGUAAUUGAA